UCUGAGAGACAGUCAGAUCAACUCAAGGCUAAACCAAGCGGUUCGUAGCGUCUCAUUUGCCGGCUCUGUACAGAGAGGUGGGACUUCCUGGAUGGGCGAUGACGUGAAGGCCCCUCUGAGAGGCCUAGGGCUGUCCUCUCUGUGCCUGCUGGAAAAAAGAGCUCUGGUCAGUGCAGUCAGUGUGGCAGUGGAGGCCAUUUUGGCUCAAUUCAGCUCCUCACGGACCCUGGUGCAGAAGUCUGCCUCCAUUAACAAGGCUCUAUCAGGAGACAGCAGUGUGAAUCCGUCUCUGGGCCGGCUGGUGCUGCAGUGUUUGUGCCCCGCCCUGCGGAGCCUGCUCUCCGACGGCCUCAAGCCCCACCAGAGUGAUUUGAUCUCGGGCAGGAGGCCAAACUCAGCCUGGGGACUGGUCCAGGCCUCCACCAGGCCAGGGCCCAGCACUCAGUCCCUGUACAGCCUCCAGGCUAGAAUAGGAGAGCUGCCCCAGCUCCGGCAGAACAAACACAGGUUCAACGCCUUCCUCCUCGGCCUCCUCAACAUCAAGCUUAUGGAUUUCUGGCUGUCCCAUCUCCAGUCAUGCAGUGAUGUGUUGGUGACGUUCUACCAGCCCUCCUCCUUCAUCACCACCACCUGGGAUCCAGCCAAUCACAGCCCAGAGAUCCCCAGCCCACCCAAUCAGGACCUGGGAUUCAGGCUCUCGCCCGGGGUGAUCCAGCAGGGAUGGGGGCUGUGGUACGCUGGGGGCAAGCUGGGCCAGAACCUGGCUGAACUCAGCCUGUCUGCAGUACAAAACGAGGAGGGGACAUCCAGAGACCCCAGAGCCCCAGACCAGUACCCAGGCCAGGAGUGA